AUGAGAUUCACUGUCUAUUUGAGACUUUCGAGUGGAGAUGGCAAAUGUUUCCUUUGCAUAUGUGUUCAGAAUACUUCGGUUCCACUGAGCUUACUCGGUAUAUGGCGAAAGAUUGGAGAAGCUGAGUUCAUUUGUACAGUUAAUCCAGGGAAAAAAAUGACAGUGGUACUGGAAUCAAACUAUUUACGUGUAGAAACUCAUUUAGGAGGGACAAAAUUCCAUCACAUUGAGGUACCCGAAGAUGAUCAGUCGGUAGCUAAAACAAUAAAAUGCCAAAUGCUGCAAAUGGCAGAAAUAAACAACUCACCUUUUGGAAAACUUAUUAUUGGGAAAUAUGCCAGUAACUCUAUCUUCCAAACAAUUUUUGAAAUCAAACUGGAUCUGAAUUUUGGACGCUCUAUUUUAAAAAGAGGAAGUUUGUGGACUGUAGAAAGCCUCUAUGACCUGGCAUUACUGUACGGAUACUUUCAUUCACCAUUCAGAUGGCAUCGUUUUGCAAAGUUACUUGGUUUUACUUCAAAGGAAAUCCAAGAAAUAAAUGAAACACUCUCACAACUUGAAUACUAUGAUGAUGAUUCAACUGUAUCACAACCAAGUUUAAUGACACCUCGAAGAAUAUUUUGCUUACUACUAUCUAAGUUUCAAAAGCUUGGUGGAUGCUUAUCUCAAGUUGCAAGUAUCCUCCAUUCAGCCUCACGAGAUAAAAAUAAGAUUCCUGAUAAUCUAUCACAAUCGAACAAAUACUUUGAAGAUUUUAAAAUGUUUUCAGAUUGUUAUCACCAUAAUCAUCCAAUGUCUGACACAUACUUUAAUAAUGAGGAGUCCUCUGUUUCGGAGCGAAUUUGUCAGUCUCAAAAAAUAACUCAUGCUAUCUGUCAUCCGAACCAAUGGAAUCAGAAUAUAACUUUUCCUACUACUGAACAAUAUAAUCAUGUUGAAACACAAUAUGCAAGUGGAGACGAUCAUUAUCAGCCUAAACAAAUUAUAAAUGAAUCAAAAAGAAAAAUAUUUAGAAAUGGUAGUCUAGAUAGAAUGAUGAGCUUGAAAAAACCAUGGUCAAGACAUGUUAGACGAAGAAAUAGCUUGCCCACGACUGGUCAACCGAAUGAUCCUGAUCACAUUACUACACUACCCACUUUUAAACUGGCAAAAGAGUUUGAUAAUUUUGUAGAAUUUGGUACACCUAUUAAACGCGCCUCGUCUUAUCUGACUUCAGAUGAAGAAAUAUCUCAAAUUACACCACAUAAAAAACAAUGUACAAAUAAUAAUAAUAAUAAUAAUAAUAAUAAUAACAAUAAUAAUAAUAAUAAUAAUAUUGAAAUCCGACAACAAAAGUAUGAAUCUAUUCGUAAACCUAAAAUUGUAACCAAACGUCGAGUUGAUAAGAAUUUACUUCGACAGCGUAGAUCAAAUCAAGCCUUACUACCUAAUCUAUGGCAUCCUUCGAUAUCUUCAACAACGGACAAAACAACUGAACAUAUAUUAAAUGUUGUACAGGCAAAAAUCGAAGAAACCAAACGAGAAACUGAAGCAAUUCACAAGAAUGUCAUAUCAUUUUUGGAAAAAAUACAAUCUCCUGUUAAAAAUAUACCAAAUUUCACUGAAUGUGAUCAGAAAACCAAAGAAACCAAUUCGUUAUUUCUUUUUUCAGAUAGAUCUAUUCAAGAUAAUGAUAUAUGGAAUAUUAUUCACUUAUGUAAUAGUACUAAUGCACCGAAUUGGAAAAUCUGGCUUAAAAUAUGUCAUCCUACUUAUAAUGAACUGAAUUCCUUCGAUCAAAACUGGUCGAAAGUUUUGAAUUUUAGUAAAAUUGAUCCACGUUACACGUCUUACCUUAUUUUAUUAAACUGGAUAGAAAUUAAUUCGAAUCCCAAAACGAACAUUAAACCAACUUACAUGAAUUUAUUUAAACAAUUGAUUAAUGAAGGUUAUAAUGAGUUUGUGAUUUUAUGUAAACAAAAGCUUUUCAAUAAUUAUUCACGUAAACGAAAUUUUAUUAAUUAAUUCAUUUUCUCUUUUACUUAUCUUGUAAAUGAACAUUUCCUGUGAUAUUUAUCUUGUUAAUUUUAACAAACCAUUCUUUUAUCUACAUAAUAAUUAUUUACUACUUAAUAGUAGUAUAUCUGCAUAUAUGUAUUAAACUUCAUUUUUGUACAAGAUUUUGUAAAUAGAUCAAUUUUUUUUUACCGCGAACGUUUGUCUUAGCAUCGCUUGCUAAUCUUUGUAAAUAUUGCUAAUAUAUAUACAAAAGUAUGAACUCACCACUUAGCUACUUUAGUUCCGUGUACAGUAAAC